CCACCAUGAAGUUCUCCAUCCCCCUCCUCCUCGCCGCCUUCACCACACGAGCGCUCGGCGACAGACACCACUUCUGCUGGUGCGGAAGCGACCAAGUCCCCAAAUCAGACUCCUGCCUAACGCAAGCCGCCUGCGCCAAAUACCCGCAAGACAAAUUCUUCGGCGUCAAGGGCGGUGACCCAUCGGCGCCGACGAUAUCCAAAUGGAGUGAGAAGAAGGCAAAGUGCUACAGCACGCGCGCAUGGCCUGUGAUCCCGCAUCCCUUUCUCGGCGGGAACGAGUUUGAGGAUGCGUGCUUUGCCGCGGCGGCGGAUCAGGCUGUUGUCGAUGCGUGUGGCAUUUCGCCUGGGAGUAGAACGGGGGUGAAGUCGUAUUGCUCUGAGCCUUUCGACUGAGAGAAUGUGUGCUAGACUUUCACGAUUCAGUUCUCGGUUCUUCACGAGUCUGCCAGCGGAGCUCUUACAACAGAGUCAUGAAAGCGGCACCUCGAUCGACGCUGGCGUUGAGUGGGUUUCCAAAGAUGAAUCGCAUCAAUAGUAUUAGAAGAUAACUCGUACAUAUUUUGUUUGAGCUGCUGCCUAGAUGUAGCAUGAAUAUUUUGAUUGUCUUUCAUGACUUAAUAAGACAAACUUGAAUGACUGAAGAGCGUUCAUCUAAAAGUGAGA